AUGUUAUUGUUUGUGUUUUUUAUUGGAGCCAUUGGAGCAGAGGAAGACACUGCACUCUGUGAGAUGCUGGGCAGCCCAGAGUUUCCUUUGUUAUCUAAGGGAGGUGAUUUCACUAUUGGAGGAGCAUUCUCCAUCCAUAGCCAAAUCACAAAGCCUCCACUCUCCUUCACAGACACUCCAGAGCCUCUCAUAUGCUCCAGGAUAAAUUUCAGAGAAUUUCAUUUUGCCCAAACAAUGAUUUUUGCCAUUGAAGAGAUCAAUAAUAGCAGCUCUCUACUGCCUAAUAUCUCAAUUGGUUAUAAAGUAUUUGACAGCUGUGGUUCAACACUGCCUGCAACACGUGCAGUGAUGGGUCUGAUGAAUGGAGAGGAAAGGAUUUUUGGAAAAAACUGCUCCAGCCAGUCAUCCGUUCACGCCAUCAUUGGAGCAUCUGAGUCCUCCUCUACUAUUGUGAUGCUACGCAUUUCAGGGAUUUUCCAAAUACCAAUGAUAAGCCACUUUGCCACAUGUGCUUGUCUGAGUAACAGAAAGGAGUAUCCCUCCUUCUUCAGAACCAUCCCCAGUGACUACUACCAGAGCAGAGCCCUGGCAAAACUGGUGAAGCACCUUGGCUGGACGUGGGUCGGAGCGGUUCGAAGUGACAAUGACUAUGGUAACAAUGGCAUGGCAACAUUUAUCAUGGCUGCAAGUCAGGAAGGAGUUUGUAUUGAGUACUCAGAGGCCAUAUCAAGAACUGACCCCAGUGAGCAGGUUGCCAGGGUGGUCGGAGUGAUCCGUAGUGGUACUGCAAAAGUCUUAGUAGCCUUCCUUGCACAGGGUGAGAUGAACAUUCUGCUUGAGGAAGCUGUCAAGCAUAACAUGACUGGGUUGCAGUGGGUGGGCAGUGAAUCCUGGAUUACAGCAGGUCAUUUGGCCAAUAAGAGGUACUCUGCCAUCCUGACGGGGUCUCUGGGCUUCACCAUUAGAAAGACAAAGAUCACAGGCCUGCGAGAGUUUCUUUUACAGGUUAACCCACAUCAGGACCCUCAGAGUAAUGUGCUGAGAGAGUUCUGGGAAGCAACCUUUGGCUGCAGUUUCCAAUCCAGUCUGCAUGGACAGACCCAGUGCUCUGGCUCUGAGAGGCUAGAGGACAUAAACAAUCCUUUCACAGAUGUGUCAGAACUAAGGAUAUCUAACAAUGUCUAUAAGGCUGUGUAUGCUGUGGCUCAUGCCAUACAUAGCAUGUUAAAAUGUGGACAAAGUGGUGAAGAGUCCUGUAUAUGGAAAGAUCAUUUAGAGCCAAAACAGGUUGUGGAACAUCUACAAGGUGUGAAUUUUACUCUUCAGUCAGGAGAGAGAGUGUAUUUUGAUGGAAAUGGAGACCCUGCAGCAACGUACGAGCUGGUGAACUGGCAGAAAAACCAAGCAGGAGACACUGUGUUUGUGGCUGUGGGGAGCUAUGAUGCUUCACUGCCAAAUGGAAAACAGUUUACCAUGAAUGGAAUAAGCAUAAUAUGGGCUGAUGGAUCCUUUAAGAGGCCUCAGUCUGUCUGUAGUGAGAGUUGUCUGCCAGGUUUCCGGCAGGCUGUGAUUAAAGGCAAACCCAUCUGCUGUUUCUCCUGCGUCGCCUGUGCUGCUGGGGAGAUCAGCAACUCCAGCAAUUCAGUGGAGUGUUCACGCUGUCCACUGGAGUACUGGUCAAAUGAAGAUCACAACCAGUGUGUCCCAAAGGUGAUCGAGUUCCUGUCUUAUGGAGAAACCAUGGGGGCUCUCCUCACUACCUUCUCAUUAUUUGGAGCAAGUUUAACGCUAGUGGUGUUGUGUGUUUUCUUUUGGUUUCGUCACACGCCUCUUGUCAAAGCCAGUAACUCUGAGCUGAGCUUCCUGCUGCUCUUCUCCCUGACCCUGUGUUUCCUGUGUUCUCUGACCUUCAUCGGCCGCCCCACUGACUGGUCGUGCAUGCUGCGACACACUGCAUUCGGCAUCACCUUUGCCUUGUGCAUGUCUUGUAUCUUGGCUAAAACCAUAGCUGUGGUGAUGGCCUUUAAGUCUAAAAGGCCAGCAAACACAGUUCCUCAGUGUUCUGUUCCGCUUCAGAGAACAAGUGUUCUUAGCUGUACUUUACUGCAGGUUUUAAUUUGUGUGCUGUGGUUAACUCUUGCCCCACCAUUCCCCUACAAAAACACAGCUCAUGCCACUGAAAGGAUUAUUCUAGAGUGUGAUUUAGGUUCACCUGUAGGCUUCUGGGCUGUGUUGGGGUAUAUAGGACUCCUGGCUGUGCUAUGCUUCAUCCUUGCUUUUCUGGCUCGAAAGUUGCCUGAUAAUUUUAAUGAAGCCAAAUUCAUCACCUUCAGCAUGUUAAUAUUCUGUGCUGUCUGGGCCACUUUUAUCCCAGCGUAUGUCAGCUCUCCUGGGAAGUUCACUGUGGCUGUGGAGAUAUUUGCUAUUCUGGCCUCAAGCUUUGGUUUGCUUUUCUGUAUAUAUGCUCCAAAAUGUUAUAUUUUACUACUGAAACCAGAGAGGAAUACUAAAAAGCAUAUGAUGGGGAGAAACCAGUCAAAACCACUCUAA